AUGCUCCCCCUCCCUCGCCUCGUCCGCGCUCCCCUCCGUCACGUCCCUUCCCGUGCGGCAUUCUCCGGCAGGCGCUCCGUUCCCCACGGCAGCGACGCGGAUGACAGAUCCGACGCCGCCGCUUCAGACGCGAUCGUUCGCCUCGUCGCCGCAGGCGGCGGAGGCCUCGAGGCCGACCUCGACCGCCUCUUUGCCGCCGCCCUCUCCCACGGGCUUGUCUCCAGCGCCCUCCGCGCGCUCACGGACCGCGCCGUUCCCGCGGAGCGCUUCUUCGCGUGGGCCUCCUCUCUCGGCAGGGUAUUCUCCCAGUGCCCCCGCGCGCACAACCUGCUCGUCGAGAAUGCCGGGAGGCUGGGCGACUACGGCGCGAUGUCGCGCGCCCUGGCGCUCAUGUCGGAGCGGAGGCUCCCCCUGACCGACCGGGCGUUCGCCUUCCUGGCGCCGUCGUCGGGUUCGUCACGGAGCGGCAGCGUGGAGGAUGCGGCGAGAGCGGUCCUGGGGGCUUUGGACGGCGUCGGCGGGCCCUGCCGCGCGUCCGGCGUGUUCUCGCUUGUCAAGGCGCUGGCGUCCAUGGGCGAGUUCGAUGCCGCGGUCUCGGUGAUCGAGGAGACGGCGAGGAAGGUGCGGUACUAUAACGUCCUCGUCGCGGCAAAGUGUAAAGCCGGCGACUUUGUCGGCGCCCGCGAGGUGUUCGACGAAAUGAGGAGGUCGGGGUCUGACCCUGACUCCAACACCUGGAACUACCUCCUCGGCUGCCUGCUCAAGAACGGGAGGCUCGCUGAGGCGUGCGGGCUUGUUGAGGCCAUGGAGAGGUUGAAGCGCAGUGAGAUCCCGAACUCACUCACGUACGAGAUCCUCACAUACCAUGCCUGCAAGGCAGGGAAGAUGGAUUCGGCAAUGCAGAUUCUUGAUCAGAUGUUCUCGGAAAACCUGACGCCGAGGAUCACCAUACACUCUGCAUUCAUCAAGGGGUACUUCUACGCUGGGAGAAUAGAAGAUGCCUGCAAGUAUGUCAGUGCCAUGAGCACCAGGGACAGGCAUUCUGUGAACCGGAACUACAGCCUGCUCGCUAAGCUGCUUCGGAAGUCAGGGAGGACCACUGAUGCGGGCAGAGUCCUGUAUGAGCUGAUGGAGAAGGGCCUCAGACCUGACCAUUCCGCUUAUGUUAAAGUGACCAAGGAUCUGCACAAGAUGGGCAGGGGUGAUCUGGCUUCUGAACUGAAGAUGAGGUUUCAAAGGUUCAGUGUGCAGAGAGAUAUGGGUCGCUGA